UCGUUUGCACGUAGUAUUUUUGAAUAAUCUGAUACAUUAUGGCUGAUAAAAAGUCCGGUCCGAGUGGCCCUGGAGGCGGCGGUGGCGGAGGCGGAGGCGGCGGCGGUGGUGGUGGUGGCGAUAACAAGGAAAAGCGCCGAAAGGAAUCGAUCUUGGAUCUGAGCAAAUACCUCGAGAAAACCAUUAGGGUUAAAUUUUCCGGUGGUCGGGAAGCGGCUGGCGUUCUGAAAGGAUAUGACCCUCUGCUCAAUCUGGUGCUGGACAAUACGGUGGAAUUCCUACGAGAUCCGGACGACUACAAACUGGCGGAAGAGACGCGACAUCUCGGCUUGGUGGUGUGCCGGGGGACGUCGGUGGUGCUAAUCUGUCCCCAGGAGGGUAUGGAGUCCAUUCAGAAUCCUUUCAUCACGCAGGAAGGUUGAGGUGGGUGGAAUGUACAUUCUAAUCUUUUGGGAUUUCUCAUGAAGAAGCAAAAUCGGGGUCAUUCGUUUCACUGUUAAUUUAUUUUGUUCUUCCAAGAUCACGAAUCCAGAUUCGAUGGUUAACAGUAGAUUUUCGGUUUGUACAAUUUUCAACAUCAAUGUUCAUUCAAAUAAUAAAUUGCAUUUCUUUUUUUUUUCGCCGAAUAAUUCUAGAAAGCUUUGUUUGCUACUGUUUCCCAUCAGCAUUUUGCGUUCUUUUUGGCACCUAAAAAGUAAGUCUUACAACAAAACCUAAAGUACGUUCUAUAAAUUAAAUAUUGCAACAAAUAAAUUUAACAACAAUAAACUUAAA